AAUGAUGCUAGCUCCGCUCGUGUUAAGAUAGAAUGGCCACAAGAAAGGGCUCAUUUCCCUGGCUACGGAAAAAAUGGUGGCGUGACUUAUGAUGAACUAACAUUACCGAUGUUUGUACAUGGUUAUGUAAAGAAUGUGAUCGAGUCUCAUUGUCACAAAGUUCCCCGUGUGGUCGAGGACAAGUUAUGUCAUCUGUCAGACUUGAUGUUUGAUGCGGUUUACCAUGAUUGGGUCACGGUUAGAGAGCUACAUGCAGCGGUUUUGUACGGGUUGGAGCACGAGACGGUGACUUGGUCUGAUUCCGACAUGUUGGACACAAUCAGGGACAGACAUUAUCGUACACAGGGUGGUGUUGCAACCGGGAGUGCUCAGGGGGCGGAGCCACGGACGGGUAAGCCACCCUCACGUGAUACAGUAGGCACUUCUAGACCGCGUUAUUGUGGCGGUUUUCAGUCAGGAUCAUGUUCCCUGCCAUCCGGGCACUGGAGUGCGAGAUGGAAUAGUAACGUGCUACAUGUCUGCAGCGCUUGCCUGGUGUACCGCCACACCCAGGAGCCACAUCCCCGAGACCGCUGCCCCUACAACGAAGCAUCCUUUCGUGCCGCUCAGGCAAGAGCUGGUGGAAGAGCCUCCGUCACUCCCUCCGUACAGGGCGGUGCGAGCAGCGCACCCAGACAAGGCGAUCGAGUUACACAGGGUGGUGUCGGCGUGUGAAGGACAUAACUUUGUUGGCGCACGUGUUCCAGUGGAGUCGGCUUUGAAAAUCGAUACAUGGAGAGAACUACUAGUGGACUAUGAAGACAGACGUAUUGUUGAUUUCUUAGCAUUCGGGUGGCCGAUUAAUGUGGAGCCGGAAUUGUAUCAACGCCCGGUCGACGUAUCCUUUCAGAAUCAUUACUCAGCUAGACAUUAUGCGGGACAUGUAGAUGCGUUUAUUUCCAAAGAACUUAGUUUGGGUGCCAUAGCCGGACCAUUUGAUUCGAAUCCUUUUUCGUUCCCGGCGGUGCCGAUUCCGUUACAGACAGUAGAGAAGAGAGACAGUAUAGAGAGAAGAGUUGUAGUAGACUGCAGUUUUCCGGCAGGUUUCUCUAUUAAUGAUGCUGUUCCCAAGGAUUAUUAUUUAGGACAGGAGUUUAAGUUGACCUACCCCUCCGUGGAUACAUUGUCGCAUAUGAUAUUAGACAAGGGGCGUGGCUGUUUAUUAUACAAGACGGACUUGAAACGAGCGUAUAGACAAAUUCCGGUUGAUCCCAAAGACUACAAGUAUUUGUGUUACUGUUGGAGGAACAAGUGGUAUGUUGAUACAAGGUGCCCUUUUGGCCUUCGUUCUAGUGCUUUUAUUUGUCAGUCAACCACCUCUGCAGUCACGUUCAUACAACAAAAGAAAGGUUAUUCAAUUUGCAAUUAUCUAGAUGAUUUUGGGGGAGCAGAGUACCCUCAAGUCGCGAUGGAGGCCUUCAACAGUUUGCAGGGAACAUUACACAGCCUGGGGUUGGAAGAGUCGGUUGAAAAAGCGGUGGAGCCUACGACCUGCAUGACAUUUCUAGGGACUGAGUUUGAUACCGUAGCGAUGGUGAAGCGAGUCCCACAGUUUCGGUUGGAGGAAGUGAGACUGUUACUUGACGCGUGGAUUGACAAGAAGAAAGCUUUGAAACGCGAGCUUCAGUCACUGAUUGGGAAACUGGUAUUCGUGUCUGCGUGCGUGGCACCUGGACGUCUUUUCAUUUCGCGCAUGUUGGAAGUACUACGAAGUGUCCGCAGGAGUCAUCAUAGAAUUCGGUUGUCUCGUGACUUUAAGCUGGAUGUGCGUUGGUGGCGACGUUUUAUGACCUUGUUCAAUGGAGUCUCACUAUUGACUCCGGACAUCUAUUGUGCACCGGAUGAAGUUGUGGCCACGGAUGCGUGUCUGACAGGGUGCGGGGGAAUCUGUAAUGGUGAGUUCUUUCACUCCAGGUUCCCGACUGCUGUUCUCGAACAAUAUGGAGCUAAAAUACAUGUCUUGGAGAUGCUGACGAUUGUGGUAGCGGCCAGGAAGUGGGGACCAGGCUGGAGAGGGUCCAGAAUCGUGAUCAACUGUGACAAUAUGGCGUGUGUUUAUGUGUUGAAUUCGGGACGUUCAAGAGACAAGGAUUUGCUUCAUAGUGCGAGAGAACUUUGGCUGAUCGCGGCAUCGUGCGAUUUCGUCUUACGGGCAGAGCAUAUUCAAGGACGGGAGAACCGAGUCGCCGACCACUUGUCGCGAUGGCAUCUCUCAUCGAAACAUGCUGAACAGUUUCACAUCUUGACAGAGGAUGUGGACACGAUAGAAAUACCGGUAUUUCAGGAAGAUUUCGUCCUGGAUUGCCCUUACUGACAGUUUGCUUUCUUUGUGUUUUAUGUUGCAGCUGAG